AUGGCUCAAGCAUCAUCGUUCAAACCGUCUAUACACUAUCAAGUGUGUAAUUCAAAAGUUGACAAUGACAUUUCACGUCUUUCGUCAAUAAAACCAUCUCAACAAGAUUUUUCAUCAAUUGUUGAUGAUGAUUUAUGUGAAAUUACAAUUUCACCAUCAACAAAUAAAAAAUCAUCAUCACCAUUAUCUUCACCUAAUCAUCAUACAUCAUUAUUAAAAAAUCGUAUUCCUAUAUCAUCAUCUAUUGAAUCAACUACACGUUUUAAACCAAUAAAAUCUUCUUCAACUUCAUUUUCUCCUUUGACAAAAAAUCCACGUAGUAGUUCUGCAUCAAUUCAUUCUCUUUCAAAACGAACAAAUAUACAACAAUGUUCAUCAACAAAUUUUUCAAAUCCAUCAAAUAAUCGUCAAUCAUCAUCAAGACAAUCAAUAUUUGAUACACUUGCAACAACAUUAACAGCUGUACGAAAAAGUUCAACAACAGCAUUAGCUUUAGCACAACAACGAUUAUCAACUGAUAAUGGAAAUCUAUUUUCUGCUUAUCAAGGGAUUAAAGUUGAUGAAUAA